CCGGCGUGCGCUCCCGGAAGCCGCGAACGCGCCGGCAGCCAUGGUGCGUUUCAAGCACAGGUAUCUGCUCUGCGAACUGGUAUCCGACGACCCCCGCUGCCGCCUAAGCCUGGACGACCGAGUGCUGAGCGUCCUCGUACGGGACACCGUCGCCCGGGUGCACGGGACUUUCGGCGCUGCCGCCAGCUCGAUCGGCUUCGCGGUUCGGUACCUGAAUGCCUAUACUGGAAUAGUGCUGCUUCGAUGCCGAAAGGAAUUCUACCAGCUUGUGUGGUCAGCCCUUCCCUUCAUCACGUACUUGGAGAACAAAGGACACCGUUAUCCUUGCUUUUUCAACACAUUACACGUGGGAGGUACAAUUAGAACCUGUCAGAAGUUCCUGAUUCAGUACAACAGGAGGCAGCUGUUGAUCUUGUUACAGAACUGCACUGAUGAAGGUGAGCGGGAAGCUAUCCAAAAGUCUGUCACAAGAAGUUGUGUACUGGAGGAAGAGUCGGGUGAGGAGCUUUCAGGUAGUGGUGAGGAGGCCACUGAAGCAGUGGAGUGAAAUUCUGCAGGCCACAACAGCAGGCUGCACGAUAGCCAAGCCCACUAGACAUUCUAGGAGACAGCAGCAGCAGCUUCUGCAGUUCUCCAAACUUCUGUUGCAAAAAGGGCUUACAGAAUUCGUGCCCUUAACCAAGUCUCUUUCCUCAUCUGCAUAGUCCUUGCUUUAGUGGGAAGACUACUUCUGUGGUAUUGGAUGGAUUUGAGACUCCUCCCCCCUAAAUGGACCUGAGGCAGAUAGUCAUAUGGAAUUGUGAAUAUUGGUGAGACACUGUCACUAAACUUGCAUAGAUCUAUAGCCUCAGUAUGGAUCCCAUAGGGACUUAACAAUACCAGGUGAUUCCUUGCCAGUACAUAUUCAUGCAAUUUACCAAGAAAUCCAGCCUUUUAACUGUAAUCCUAGCACUUAGGAGGCUGAAGCAGUUGCAGUCCAGACCAGUCUAAGCUAUACAGCACAACCCUCUCAAAAAUACAACACAAACACCUGCUGUACCUACUUUGUCGCAAGAGGGUAUGGGAAGGGUUUGUUCCCCCUUCCCUUUUCUUGGAUAACUGAGUUUGCUUUCGCCUUCCUUCCUCUCCCUCUUUUCCUCCCUUCCCUUGCUCACUCUCUGCCUCCCCCUUUCUUGUAAUGCAGUUUGAAUUCAGGGCCUUGUGCUUACUAGGCACUCUAGGACCAGAUUUUUUUUUUGCGCUGGUUAUUUUAAGAUAGGUUCUUGCCUUACCCAGACUCCUGGAUUUCGAUCUUUUGAGCUUCCUUCCUACCAGGGAUGACAAGCUAUACCAGUACCACCGGCUGUUUCUCUUAAAGUCUUGCUAACUUUUUUCCUGAGGCUGGUCCCACUCUCAGCCUCCCAUGUAACUGGGAUAGGCAUAAACAACUACACCUGGCUUUUUGUUUCUUCACACCCCCCCUUUCUCUUCUCCCCUCCCCUCCCCUCCCCAUCAGGCCUGGGGCUUGAACUCAGGGCCUGGCCUGCUCAAGGCUA